UUAGGCAUAAUUCGUUUUACAGAUGAAUACCAGCAAAAAUGAUCUGGGGAAGGAACCGCGGGUGUUGAGCUGGCAAGGUUGUAAACCCUUGCCAACAAUACCAGACAAGAACUUCGCUGUCUUCAUGUUGGAAGCGAUGGCGAAGGUAGUCGAGGGAGAUGACGAAGCCAUUGCCGUGGUGGAUGCAGAGACCGGGAAGAAAAGAACUUUCUCUGAGUUGUGUGAGUUAGUGCCGAGGAUGUCGGCUGGACUGGCGGCAGCAGGGGUCGGUCUGGGUAAAAGGGUAAUGUAUUACUCACUGAACCAUACAGACUACCCGCUGGUUUAUCUGUCCAUCCUGCAUCGAGGAGCAACCAUCGUUCACAUCUCUCCAACCUAUGUAGCGCUGCAAGAGGGCAUGAUGCACGCCAUGCGGCUAAGCGGUGCUAGCUGGGCAAUAGUACACGCUGAGCUGCUAGACCAGGCUGAAGCCGUCUUUUCCCUCCUGCCACCAAAUACCCUGAAGAAGGUGUGGGUGAUUGGCGGCGCCGUGGACAGGCCAGCCAUUGAAGACCUUGUGGGCCAUGCUCCGAUACCUCCAGUCACUCAGCUUGAUGGUCUACAUCCGGCCAGUGCUGUGGCACGAAUGCCCUUCUCUUCUGGCACAACAGGACCACGCAAAGGAGUGAUGAUCUCACACUCCAACGAAGUUUCCAGGAUGAUAAUGUUCAAAUAUUUGACAGACGUUCAAGAGUGGUUGGGUACAUCGGAGUCUACUGAUUCAACUUGUCUCUUGGUUACGUCAUUGAACCACGUAUACGCGCACUUCUUUCUUUGUGCCUCCUUGAUGUUUGGCAGGAAGGUUGUCCUUUUACCUCAUGUUAGCAGCAGCGCCAUGUUGAGGACAAUACAGGAACACCAGGUGACUUUGGCAAUCUUUACUCCACUCCAUCUGAAAAUGAUCGUAGAAUCACCGGCCUGCGAGGAACAUGACUUGUCCUCCCUGAAACUCGUCACUAGUGGUGGAGUUUCCCUUUCAGAGCACGUUCUGAAGGAUUUCAAAAAAAAGGUGGAGGCAUUAGUAUACAACUUAUGGGGAAUGACGGAACUUGCCUCCUUUGGUAUCGGCUGCAUUGUUACACAGGACUGGAAAAGCCUUUGUAUUGGAAAAGUCUUGCCCUUCUUCGAAGUUAAGGUAUACAGUUUUUUCCAUAUUCAAUAAAUUGUCGAUGUAAGAUCUUACAGUUAAGAGAAAGAGGGCUACCUAUGCUAGCAAGGUCACCAGUGAGUGGUUCCAAAACUUAUAGGUUGCCAGUACGGGUCAACAUUCCAGAACUUUUGAGAUCGUCCUGUGUUGGAUGGUUGGGUGUCUGGGCUGGGAUGCGUUGUGGGGGGGAGGUCUUAGCUCCGUGAUGGACAAACUUUCGAAUCAUGAGGUGCCACUUUUUAAAAUGAGUGGCCUCCAUGGGGACGAGAUCGCUCGCUUUGUUGUCCCAGUAGGCGGUCUCCCUAGCUCCCUGGAGCCAAUUUAUUUUUAUGGUAUCCAUAUGGAUAAAUAUAAAAACUCUGGUCCUCGAGAGGCGGUCGACCAGGCCUUCGAGACGUCACUCUGGUCGUGGUGGUGUUGGGGAGUCGGAAUCUUGUACUCCCCCUGCUAUUGUUUCCCAAAGUGAAAGACGCCUUCGGUCAGUUGUUGAAUCCUGUCAACUGUCAGUUGUUGAAUCGUGAUCAAUAAUGUCUAUGCCUCCAUGUCAUACCGUGCUAUUCACUCAAUUCCCAUGCCUUUCGGAACAGUUCCCCGUAUCCAUCUCAAAUAUGAUAACGAUUGUCUCUCCAAUCGGUGUUAUGUGACAUUUAUAUUGGACGUUGCUGCCAAAGCUGGUCUUUAGGCAAUAAAUUCUCUGCGUCUUGGAGAGAACAACUUAACUGCUGAAAUCAUUCGAUCAAGCAAUGUAGCUGACAGCGAGAAUGAUUAUUGUCCUAAUGUCUUUGAUGAUGCUGAAGAAUGAGCUCCCAAACUUCGCCACCCACCUACAUUUUACUGGUUUGUAGCAUAUUAUAGGGAAGGUCGAGGAGACUUUAUUCACGCUGCCAAGUAUGUAGAAAGGGAUAUUGGAAUACUCCCUACAAAUAACAUCAAGAAAUAUGGCAAAGGUGUCUUGAUCCGAAAUAAAAAUUUUACACAGGCGAUGAUGUUCCUCCAUCUACCAUGCCCUUCUGAUGCAGUUUUUGAAUCCAUCAAGCCACACUGAACAUCAGUUACUGUAAAGGACGUAUUUACAAUCAGGACCAGGGAUUGGAGUGAUAGGACAAGAUACAGAUAUGAGAUUGUGAUCCACGUAUCAGCAAGAUCUGGAAAGUCCCAUCUCCGCGGCGGCAACGAAGAAGGUAUCGCUCUCGCAGCUCCACCAGUGUUGCACUAUAAAGGGGACUAAGUAGUCAUCACAUUAAGGAUCUGUUUCCCAGGGCAUAAGGUAGACAUAAGUAAGACACUUGUGACUCAUCUGGAGUACAGUCUCUGAGAGGCUCUCCUGCACAUGACAUACGAGUAGGUCCAUGGAUGAAAAGCAAAAGAAAUUAUCUCCACCAUCUUAGUGAUGGCAACCUAAGUUUCCCACCUGCCUGCCAACUGGCAAGAACUGCCACCUGUAUAGAGGAGUACAUGUCACACAGUGGAACAAGGCUGGAAGGAGUUGUCACUUCUUUAGCCAACGUUCUCAUUCCCCAAAACUCCAAUGUGUGCAUGUUGUCGUUGGUAAAAUAUAACAACCGAGCAGUGGAACACGCAGCUGCGGCCACAGCCACAGUCCAUAAGGCUAGCUGAGACAUUUGAAUGCGGGGCCCAGUUAUGGAUUACAAGGUCCUGCUGGUCUCUUGCACUCUUUAAACAGACAGUCCUAACACAAGAUUCCGCUCCUUUCUCGGCUGCCACUACUUGGGUCAGCCUCCCUGCACUGCCUCCUACACCAUAUAGUGCAGAGCGUCCUUCUGGCCUCCUGUGGUGAAUUACACGAAUGAUGUUGUCAGCCUGUUUCACCUCCUCUCCAACAGCUGGGAAAGAAUUGAUGGCCAUGUUCUAGGAGGCACAGUUACAAGCAACAGCACAUAAGAAUUACAAUAUUCUAGGAACUACCUCCCUCACAAACAGCAAGACAAAGAUCCACCCAUGUUCAUAGAAUAUCUCAUCCUGCUGGAUACUACAGCUUUCAAGAAGACCAAACCUGCCACUCAAGGAAUGGGGAAAGGAGCAUACUUUACUGCACAGCAGUGUAACGGUAAUCCUUUUGGCCCAGAAGCCUUGAAAGAACACUGAAGCCCAGUAACAUUUAACAACAUGUUCAAGACAUCACAGAUACAAAAAAGCAGCCCACAGACAAAGGGACCGCUCCAAUACGCCCCAAAACCCGGUCUCGUUUCCCGGGGAGUUGGCACACUAAUGCCAGACACAGAGCAGAGAUAAGCCAGGAGGGACUCAUCACUCCCCAAAGAGUCUGGCUUGGCAUGACACACCCAUUGAAUCCUAAGACU